UGACACAGACGAGUCAUGUAUCUAUCUCUAUGGGCGCCUUCGCAUGACUUCCGUCUUGUCUUUACUGGUUCUCUUUACAGGUCUGUUUGUCUGGUCGGGGUGUUCUACCACUCCAUGUCAGUCAUGUCGUGGACAACUAAAGUGUUGAAGUUAGUCGUGCUGGCUGGAGUGUCUGUGUUGAUAGUGAUGUCCCUGCGGCAGUGGAUGGCCAACAAACACUAUGUCUUCACAAAGGAAGAGGUUGCUAUUCUGGCCAAGCGAUACGCAGGUCAGGACCACGACCAGGCCUUCUCCAAGGUGGUGGUGGAGCUGCGGAAGAAGUACCCGGGUCACAUCCUGCCGGACGAGGACCUGCAGUGGGUGUUUGUCAACGCAGGCGGCUGGAUGGGGUCCAUGUGUCUGCUCCACGCCUCGCUCACUGAGUACGUCCUGCUGUUCGGCACCGCCGUGGACACCGGAGGACACUCAGGUCGUUACUGGGCUGAAAUAUCAGACACCAUCAUCUCUGGGACCUUCAGGCAGUGGAAGGAGGGAUCAACGAAGAGUGAAAUGUACUAUCCAGGUGACACGAUAGUCCACACGGUAGGCGAGGCGACCUCUGUCCAGUGGAGUGCUGGGACGUGGAUGGUGGAGUACGGCAGAGGAUUCAUCCCCUCCACCCUGGGCUUCGCCCUGGCAGACACUCUGUUCAGCACACAGGACUUCCUCACUAUCUUCUACACCGUACGGGUCUACGCCAAAGGAAUGCUGCUGGAGGCCAAUACACUACUCACUGAGGCUGGCGUCUUCUGAGGAACCUGACCCCUAACCCUCUCUGCUGCUGGCGUCUUCUGAGGAACCUGACCCCUAACCCUCUCUGAGGCUGACGUCUUCUGAGGAACCUGACCCCUAACCCUCUCUGAGGCUGACGUCUUCUGAGGAACCUGACCCCUAACCCUCUCUGAGGCUGAAGUCUUCUGAGGAACCUGACCCCUAACCCUCUCUGAGGCUGAAGUCUUCUGAGGAACCUGACCCCUAACUCUCUCUGAGGCUGACGUCUUCUGAGGAACCUGACCCCUAACCCUCUCUGAGGCUGACGUCUUCUGAGGAACCUGACCCCUAACCCUCUCUGCUGCUGGCGUCUUCUGAGGAACCUGACCCCUAACCCUCUCUGAGGCUGAAGUCUUCUGAGGAACCUGACUUCUAAACCUUGAAACUUAUUGAGUUAGAUAUACAGUACCAGUCAACAGUUUGGACACACCUACUCAUUCAAGAGUUUUUCUAUAUUUUUACUACUUUCUACAUUGUAGAGUAAUAGUGAAGAAAUCUAAACUAUGAAAUAACACAUAUGGAAUCAUGUAGUAACCAAAAAGUGUUAAACAAUCAAAAUAUGUUUUGUAUUUUAGAUUCUUCAAAGUAGCCACCAUUUGCCUUGAUGACAGCUUUGCACACGCUUGGCAUUAUCUUUCUCUCAACCAGCUUCACCUGGAAUGCUUUUCCAACCGUCUUGAAGGAGUUCCCUUCAUAUGCUGAGCACUUGUUGGCUGCUUUUCCUUCACUCUGCGGUUCAACUCAUCCCAAACCAUCUCAAUUGGGUUGAGAUUGGGUUUAAUGUGGAGGCCAGGUCAUCUGACGCAGAACUCCAUCACUCUCCUUCUUGGUCAAAUAGCCCUUACACAGCCUGGAGGUGUGUUGUGUUAUUGUCCUGUUGAAAGCAAAUGAUAGCCCCACUAAGCGCAAACCAGAUGGGAUGGCGUAUCGCUGUAGAAUGCUGUGGUAGCCAUGCGGGUUAAGUAUGCCUUGAAUUCUAAAUAAAUCACAGACAGUGUCACCAGCAAAGCACCCCCACACCUCCUCCUCCAUGCUUCACGGUGAGAACUACACAUGCAUAGAUCAUCAGUUUACCUACUCUGCAUCCCACAAAGACACUGUGGUUGGAACCAAAAAUCUCACAUUUGGACUCUUCAGACCAAAGGACAAAUUUCCACCGGUCUAAUGUCCAUUGCUCGUGUUUCGUGACCCAAGCAAGUCUCUUCUUAUUAUUGGUGUCCUAUAGUAGUGUUUUCUUUGCAGCAAUUCAACCAUGAAGGCCUGAUUCAUGCAGUCUCCUCUGAACUUGAACUCUGUGAAGCAUUUAUUUGGGCUGCAAUUUCUGAGGCUGGUAACUUAUCCUCUGCAGCAGAGGUAACUCUGGGUCUUUCCUGUGGCGGUCCUCAUGAGAGCCAGUUUCAUCAUAGCGCUUGAUGGUUUUUGCGACUGCACUUGAAGAAACUUUUCAGGAUUGACUGACCGUCAUGUCUUAAAGUAAUGAUGGACUGUUGUUUCUCUUUGCUUAUUUGAACUGUUCUUGCCAUAAUAUGGACUUGGUAUUUUACCAAAUAGGGCUAUGUUCUGUAUACCACCCCUACCUUGUCACAACACAACUGAUUGGCUCAAACGCAUUAAGAUGGAAAGAAAUUCCACAAAUUAACUUUUAACAAGGCACACCUGUUAAUAGAAAUGCAUUCCAGGUGACUACCUCAUGAAGCUGGUUGAGAGAAUGCCAAGAGUGUGCAAAGCUGUCAUCAAGGGAAACGGUGGCUACUUUGAGGAAUCUCAAAUAUUUUGGGGGGUUACUACAUGAUUCCAUAUGUGUUAUUUCAUAGUUGUUGAUGUCUUCACUAUUAUUCUACAAUGUAGAAAAUAGUCCAAAUAAAGAAAAACCUUUGAAUGAGAAGGUGUGUCCAAACUUUUGACUGGUUCUGUACGUGGUGAUUGCGUCCUAUCAACUAAUAGCUACAGUUCCUUGCUCUGUUAGCUAGCAGGCUAAUAAGGUAGUUAGCAAGUUGUAUGGUCAUUUAGCUAGAUGGCUGCAGUGCAACAAAAGCAAUGUCCAACCUUCUCUAAACACAUCAAUGUAUGGCGAGGACUGUAGCAAAUUGUAUCUAUUUGUCAACAUUUUAAGGAAUGAGUAGAUGGACCUACUGCAAUCAUUCUGGACGAACACAUUAAAUUACUUUUUUGGGUA